AUGGGCUCUCCUGAUUAUAAUUUAACAUCUGCGAUUGAGUUGGAAUUACAUGUGCCUUAUCCAUCGCCUGCAGUUACCAAAAUAGCAACGAGUGACAAUACAGCAAUAAACAAUGGUAUACACGGGCAACCGCAGCAUCAUAUUGAGCCUACUGCAGGCGCUUUACCAGACAAUGCAGCUGAUCUGUCGAGCGCAGCUCGGGGACUACUCAUGAGGUUAUUAGAACGUGAUCCACGGGUCCGCAUGAGAAAUUUGAGACAACUCCAACAAUCAGCUUUUUAUAUGGGAUUUAAUAUUGAAAAUGUGAAAGCGAGAAAAUUAUCACCGAAAAGUAUUUUCGAGAAACAUUUUCCCAAUGUUGCUGAAGAUGAAGCCCAGGCAAAUGAACUACGCAUAGCAGAUGAAAAAGCGUUUUUAUCGUUUGAUCAAUCGAUUGUUAUAUAA